CGAACGACAGAAAUGACAACCAAUUGUGCGUCCCCAUUCCAGAUCGCCAGCCAAUGGGUAGUGGCAGCGCUGAUUCUGUUCCACCAAUAGGAAGAGUGCAAAUGGGCGAGUGCGGCUGCUUCCUGGAAACUACAGGUGUGGAAGGGAGCGCUGCGCCCCAGGAGGGAAGCUGUCAGGAUGAAUGUGGGGGUGGCGCACAGCGAAGUAAACCCAAACACCCGAGUGAUGAAUAGUCGGGGCAUCUGGCUGGCCUACAUCAUCUUGGUAGGACUGCUGCAUGUGGUUCUACUCAGCAUCCCCUUCUUCAGCAUUCCUGUUGUCUGGACCCUGACCAACGUCAUCCAUAACUUGGCUAUGUAUGUCUUCCUACAUACAGUGAAAGGGACACCCUUUGAGACCCCUGACCAAGGAAAAGCUCGGCUACUGACACACUGGGAGCAGAUGGACUAUGGGCUCCAGUUUACCUCUUCCCGCAAGUUCCUCAGUAUCUCUCCUAUUGUACUCUACCUCCUGGCCAGCUUCUAUACCAAGUAUGAUGCUGCUCACUUCCUCGUCAACACAGCCUCACUGCUCAGUGUACUACUGCCUAAGUUGCCCCAGUUCCAUGGGGUUCGUCUCUUUGGCAUCAACAAGUACUGAGGGAUGGGGCGUGGGACAGUGCCACAGGCAUGGGGAAGACAUUGGAACAAAGGGCUGUAACAUGCAUCCCUUCUUCUCUAUACUAUCUGCUAUAUCUUGAAAGCCUAACAACUAUACACCCUUUCCCACAUUCCCAGGAGGACACUGGCAUAUGGGGCUCCAUGGGCCCAGCCAUGCUAGGGGCAGGUUUCUUUGAGUCAGGAAGGGCAGAUGAGUUAAGGGCCAAAUCCCCUCUGCUCCACAGCAGGAAGCCAUGUUUGGGCAGCUUGUUUGGUGAUUUUCUAUAUAUUUCACCCCCAGCACCUUCCAGCUAUGUUUUGCUGUAUAUCUUCCUUAUAAUAAAGAUACUUUUUUCAGAUAUGGCUACUAUUUGGUAAGCAGGAAGAGUAGGGAGAUGUUCUCAUAAGGCAGGGGAAGAAAGGGAGUAUUUGACUGUGUAAAACUUCUCUAAACUAUU